UAUAUCGUGUUGCUACCCUCUUUGUGAUCAAGAAAAGAUUAUACGCAAGCAGUGGGGUUUCCUCCAAUGGGCUCGCUAGGCCUCAGUUAAACGACGAUGAGGAAGACAAAAGACUCGCGUGCUAAUUUUCAAAGCGAUCUUUUUCAAGAAAAAACGUGACUGGGGUACUUUUUGUCCCGUGAAUGUUGCAUUGAAACAAAUCAACGUCGUUGGAGCCAGCUACUUCUUUAGACAGCAAAGUUUUUGUCGUAGUCGCGCUCGAUUCAGCUUCUUCUUUUACGAAUUGUUUAUUGAAGUUGAUUACGUAGUCUCAAUUCAGAAUGACCAAGAUCUCGUGCAGUUUUCUUCGCGUGGUAACACAAUUUACCAUAGGUUUUCUCCUCCUACAACUACACUAUGUGAUUGCUGAUAAAGAUGAAUCUUUAAAACAUCAGUUAAAAAGUGGUGAAAAUGAUAGAAGCCACGGAAAAACAGGAUACAAGAGAGAUGAGAUUGGCGAAACGAUAGACGACACUGAUACGAAAGAAUAUUCAUUUGCAGCUGUUAGCGAUGUGAACAAACAGUGUAAAAGUAAGGAACUAAAACAUUCAGUCACUAAAAAAGAAACUGAGAAGCUUUUAGGUCAUUUGAAAAAACUGGGAGACCAUGGAUCUCAAAUUGUUACUGGUGAAGUAGAAGACAUUGAUUACAUUCCAAAUGGGAAGGAUUUUUAUAGACAUUUUGUGCGGAAACGAAGGCCACUUGUAAUGCGAGGUGCUGCCUCAGACUGGUCUGCUGUGAAAUACUGGACAAAUGAAACAUAUAUGAGACAAAAAUAUGGCCAUGUUGUAUUUGAUGUGGAGUUCACAAAACACUAUGAGAGAAUACAUCCAAUCAAGAAAACCAUGAACUUGAGUGAAUAUCUGGAUAUUUACAAAAAUAAACAAGUUUAUUUGGACUGUCCCUUCCCACAAUCUGACAUGACAGCAGAUAUCAUGGUUCCAUACUGUCUACAGUGUGAAGAAGUGAUGUCCACUAUCACAAGCAUUCAUUUGUUGUAUAGCAGUGGUAACACAAGUUCCAGUCUCCAUCAAGAUGGAUACGAGAAUCUUUUAACUCUAAUUUCUGGAGUAAAGGAAGUUCAUAUAGCAAACAGCAGUUAUGGAGAAUACUUGUAUGCCAAUAAUUAUACCACGGUGCCUGGUUUAUCACCAGUGAACCCUGAGUCAGUAGAUCUUAAAAUGUUUCCCCUAGUAUCAGAAGUAGUUUUUCAUAAGGUUGUUCUAAAUGCUGGUGACAUCCUGUACAUUCCACAACAUUGGUGGCAUCAUGUAAGAUCAUUUGAGUGUCCAAACAUUGCCAUUUCUUUGUGGUUUCAUCCAUUUGCAGAAAAGGAAGGAGAAGAAGUUUCCCUCAAUGAGGAAGAGGAUCGAAAUGUGUUUGAAGACAUGGUACUUGCAACAAAAGCCUUUAACAAACUUGUAGAGACUUACCCAGAAACAAUCAAAUGUGAAGCACAAAACAAACCAAUCACAAAGGCUUUCCAUCCAAGCUCUGAUGCUUGGGACACACCAAGAGAAAUCAUUGCAGAGGAACAAUUCAUUACAUUGGCUAGUGGAUAUAAAAUACCCAAAGUAGGGUUUGGUACUGCAGGUUUAUUUAAAGACACCAAGGAUUCUGUUUUAGUAGCUUUGACUUCAGGAUACAGAAUGAUUGAUUCUGCCCAAGCAUACGACGAGGAACAGGUGGGAGAGGCUGUAAAAGAAAGUGGAGUACCAAGGGAAGAGGUUUUCAUUGUCUCCAAAGUUCAUCCACGUUUUCUUGGUUUUGAAGAAACUCUUAAGUCUGUGGAAGAGUCACUUACAAAGCUUAAGGUUGAUUACAUUGAUCUCAUGUUGAUUCACUCAAUGGACUGUGACGAGGGACCUGGUGCCCACUUGAUUUGUCAACAGGGAGAGCCCAAGGGAACAUGGGAAGACUCUUGGAAAGCGCUGGAAUCGCUUGUAAACAAAGGGAAAAUUCGAAGUAUUGGUGUUAGUAACUUCGAAGUUGAAGACCUAAAGCGUUUACUUGAGAUCGCCAAAGUUCGCCCAUCAAUUGUACAGAACUUCUUUGAUCCGUUUAACCAAGAUCGCGCAACCCGAGAAUUCUGUGAGCAAAAUGGGAUUCGGUACAUGGGUCAUAGCCCGUUAGGUGACUCAUGGAAAAGAGAGGGCUUGCCUGUAAAUCCAGUUCUAUCUGACCAAGGCCUUCGGAAGAUCGCCACCAAGUUCGAUGCGUCUAUUCCUCAAUUGGUUCUCAAAUGGUCUCUAGAGAAGGAUGUUAUUGUGAUUCCCCGCUCACGGAGCCCGAACCAUAUUAAAACAAAUUUUCAGUUAACGCACGUAAUGCUUAACGAAGACGACCGGGAGUACCUCGAGAGUCUUGAUGGUAAGAUAAUCGCGCCCGACGACGGUCCCCCCUUCGAUUCCCGAUCAAAGCCCAGUGUUUCCGAUCAAGAGACGAGGGAAGAGGAAAAGACCGCGGACGAAAGCGCUCGAAAGAAAAGUGAAGACAUUCGUGAGAAAUUGGUUUUAAUAGAAGAGGUCGAUACAAAGGAUUCCACUUUAUAUCUAAGUUCUGAUGAUCAUUGGAUUUACGCUUUCGACUCCGCCUCAGGAAAGAUGAAAUGGAAAUACGGAACUGCUGAUGAAGGAGGAUCAAAAUGCGAGUUCAACUCAGACGAGAGUGUCGUUUACUGCGGGACUGACGACAAAUCACUUCGGGCGCUAAGUGCUGUCAACGGUAACCUUAUGUGGAAGUUUUCGACAGAGGGGGCAGUUACGUCCUCAACCCGAGUUGGUGCGGACGGCAGUCUAUAUUUCGGGUGUCUGGAUGGGUAUUUUUAUGCCCUUAAUCCAGACGGCUCUCUGAAAUGGAAGAAGGAUCUAGCGGCCGAAAUCUGGUCAUCUCCUGCUCUUCUCGAAGGCGGAAAAGCUGUGUUCGUCGGGUCUAUGGCUGAAGACUGGGCAAAUGUGUUCUCUCUUGACGGUGAAACUGGCGAAAUCAUUUGGAAGUACAAAACAGCUGAACCCGUUUUCUCAUCCCCUUCCGUUAGUCAUGACAACAACGCUGUAUUUUUCUGUUCGUACGAUGCAAACUGUUACGCGUUUAACACUGGGAAUGGUCACGUGCUCUGGGUGUUUGAGGCCGACUCCGCAUUUCAAUCGUCACCUGUUGUCAGUAAACUGAACGGGACUCUCUUUGUUGGAUCCACGGAGGGAAACAUUUAUGCGGUAGAUUCCGCUACUGGAAAACUCAAAUGGAUUAGAGAAGGAAAGGGUGAACUAUUCUCGUCACCAUUUGUCGCUCCUAAUGGAAAUGUCUACAUUGGCUCGGGUGAAGGUGAGGUUUUAGCUCUUCGUCAAACUGAUGGCUCACUCGUGUGGAGUUUUAAGACGGAUUCUGCUAUUUGGUCGUCACCGCGCCUGGAUAAGAGCGGACUGUUGUUCAUAGGAGGUAUAGACACUUACCUGUAUGCUCUGAGAGCUGAUGACGGACAGUUGGUGUGGAAAUACAAGACAGAUGGACCUGUUGUGGGUACCCCGCUGAUCACACGUGAGCAUGCUGUACAACAAGCCUGAAGUUUUCAACCAGUAAAACGCAGCAUGUCUUCAUGGCUAAUCAAACUAAUGACAAAAUGAAGGAGAGUCUUCGACUGCGUGCAUUUACUUUAUCGUUACGACUAAUGCAGUGUAAUGAAUUCUAGUUAACGUUUACUGAAGCUUAAGCAUAGAUUGUAACCUGCACUGAAAAGGAAUUUAAAACGCAGUAAUAUAUUUUAAAAAUUCGAAAAAGGUAACGUCAGUAAAGCCUUAAAAGUUGAAAACCUAAAUUUAUAGUACCUUAAAGACUCCAGCAGUUCACAUUUCACACGUCAUAAAUCAGAUCAGCCCUUGCGACCUCUGGGAUGCCUGUGGCUCUAGUUUCUGUGUAACUGAAACCCAAUAAAUCUGGUGAUUGGGUAUCUUUUGACACUUGUUAUGAGGUAAAAUUGGAAGUUGUUAUUUUUGAGACUUUUUCAGUUAAGCUUUUUGUUUUGUUACGCCUUGCCUUUUGCGCCUACGUGUUGUUUGGUAGAUUUAUAGUUUUGAUCUUUUAUUUUUAGUGUGUGCUCGAACUUGGCUCGGUUCGCGGAUUUCCUUAUUACUGUGUUAGACAUCUUAAUCGUUUGUUAUGGUUGAGAAUAAUUUGUUUCAUAGGUGGUCAUGUUUGGGUUGGUAAAACUGACCUUGGGUUUUGCCCACACUGAAGAUCCUGUUUGUGCGCGCGAUUCUUGUGCGCAGCUCGAUCAUUGGCGUUUAAUUGGUUCCUUGGUGCUCGACAAGUACUUCGGAGCGAGCCACCCAAUUUCCCCCUUUGCAAAAUGAACGGAUACACUAUGGAAAAUCCCACGGUCAGCUAGCUACACUUAAACAUGUCUGUGAUUUUUGUAUUUAAUACGUUGCUACUCCUCGCUAAAAAAGAAAGAGAUCUGAAGUGUUGUGGUAGUCGAAGCUGCAAUAGCUCUCGAGAAAAAGAAUAAAAAGAGAAAAGGCUUGGUACCUCCCGUUAA